AUGGGGGUGAUCUUUUUCAGUAUCCGCCAGGCCAAAGCACAAUCCCUUUCCCAAUGCUGUAGGGGCCUCACCAUUGCUGGGGCUCUGGACCUGUUAACCCCAGAUGAUAUACAUGACAUUGAAUCUCUCGUGAUUAUCCAUAACCCAUUCGGCAACAACUUAGCCCGGGCCUUGGAAGCGGGAAAAACCUUGACGCCCAAUUUCUGCCCCAAUGACCCCUUACGGAGAACACCGAACCCAGAGAUACCCGCGAGCAACAUCCAGCGGCAUGUUCUCGAGGCUGGCGAGACUAGCCUUGCGGCGAAAGAGGGCGCAGUCCAUGUUGUUGGGUGCUAUGCUGAUAAAAAUCGGGGAGAAUGGCAAGGGAUUUGCGAGAUUGUAGGGACCUCCUCUCCCUCAUCUCCCGGUGUGCCAGAGGAAGCCAAAGGGCCAGCAACGUGUUCUGCCAACUCGUGUUCUCAUUCUCCUUGA